AUGCCUCAACCACGAAGUGUAAUUUCCAAGCCCGAUUUCAGCUCCUCUGGCCUGAAAGAACAAGACCAGAAUAUAGAGAUAGGUCCAUUUCCCCUGAUAUGUACAAUUAUAUGUACACAUGUGCCCGUUCGUAUCUUGCAGAAUAAGACCAAAAGUUUCAUGCAAUACAAUGUUGCCGUUGCAUCCCUAGGGGAAGGCCCACAUUGCCUGCCGCAAUGUGUUUUCGACCGAGUCUAUCCACAUCGAAUGGGACGUCGCGCAGAUAAUAAACAUUCAUACCAGGGACACCAACAAAAACAUGACAUACAUGCUGUGAGAGAAAAGUGGAUCAAAGGUGACCUUACAAGGGCAUUUGCACCAAAGAAGGAGACCAAUACGAAAAGAACGGCGAACUUAACCAACAAUUGCUUCAUCCGCUUAUGGAUGACGGCCAAAGUUCUUCAUAAACGAGGCUCUGCGGUUGAAAAAGCAAAAGGGAGGCUUACCUCGAGCUUACUCCAAGUAGAGCUCGCAAAAAAACGAGCCUAA